UACGACCCUGACCCCACAGAGUCAAGUGCCAUCUUCACUCGCAUUCCCGACUUCAACAACUUCCAGGGGCCGGCGGCGUCCUCGGCUCUGUCCUUCGCAGGGCCAGGGGUCUUCGCCUCCAACACGCUGCAGAUGAGGAGUGGGGGCAUCUCAGGUGGAGGGGUGACACUCUUCAUUGCCCUGUACGACUAUGAGGCCAGGACGGAGGAUGACCUGACAUUCCAGAAAGGGGAGAAAUUCCACAUCAUCAAUAACACGGAAGGGGACUGGUGGGAGGCCAGGUCACUGAGCUCGGGUGCCACGGGAUACAUCCCCAGCAACUACGUGGCCCCUGUGGACUCCAUCCAGGCAGAAGAGUGGUACUUUGGGAAGAUUGGGCGCAAGGAUGCAGAGCGGCAGCUCCUGUGCCCUGGCAACUGCAGGGGGACCCUCCUCAUCCGUGAGAGUGAGACAACCAAAGGUGCCUACUCCCUCUCCAUCCGGGACUGGGAUGAGGCCAAGGGAGACCACGUGAAGCACUAUAAGAUUCGGAAACUGGAUAAUGGGGGGUACUACAUCACCACCCGCGCCCAGUUUGACACUGUCCAGCAGCUGGUCCAGCACUAUAUAG